AUGGUCAAUGUGGCUCAAUCGGUCUAUGGUCUGGAGACAUGCAUGCAUUUGACCUCCACCGAUAUGCCGCUCGAAAGGAUAGACCGGGCUUUUCUGGCUGUCUAUAAGGCUAGCUGCACUAACAUUUUGGCUCUGCGUGGCGACCCGCCUCGGGACAUGGAAACUCGGGACGCCAAAGAGAACGGAUUUCAAUAUGCGAAGGACCCGGUGAAAUACAUUCGCGAGAAGUACGGCAGCCACUUUGACAUUGGUGUGGGAGGCUACCCGGAAGGUACCGAUGAUAAUGCGGAUGUAGAUAUCCUGAUUGAUCAUUUGAAGAAGAAAGUCGAUGCUGGUAGUUCUUCGUCAUUACACAAAUGUUUUAUGAUGUGGACAACAAAUUCAUUGAGUGGGCGAAAAAGUGCCGAGCUAAGGACCAAGAGUCGUGUGCCGCCAGGGUGGAUGAAAGCCCUGGAGCCCGUCAACAACAACGAUACUGCUGUGCGAGAGAUUAGCAAGUGCCUGAUUGCAGACAUGUGCCGAAAGUUGAUUGCCUCUGGCAUCAACCAUCUGCGCUUGUCUCACUCCAUCGAAAGAAUCCCCCAUUCAGCGAGUGCUGCCAUGGUGGCCGUCACUUACUUUGUGCCGGAGAAUCGAAGGCAUGCGGCCGAUAUUCUGGCAUAA